GUACUGCAGCACCCUGCCAUAGCAACUGCUCUGAAGCAGCAGUCAAUUCAUUAGGGAUAGAAAAGAGGUGUGUCUUGCACAGUCCUACACAGUCUCCUUCUGCCUGAUAAGCAUGAUGUACAAGCAGAACACUAUUGAAGCUAUUUAUAUUGAUGACCCAAGCGAGCAAGCAGGUACACGUGAUGUAUAUACUGAACCGGAUCCAGGAAGCUGUCAUGCGGUCUGUUCCUUUAUUGGAUGGCUGUUGUUUUAUGUGAGGAGCUGAAAAGAUGAGUUAAGAUUCCUGCUUCUUGGGAAGAGAAGUGGGCUAGAGCAAUGGGGCUCCAGUCAGACUCCUCCUCCAUGGGAAAAUGUGUGUGUGAAGGAGGGGCGCUGCAAAAGAGAGGGACACACACACACACACACACACACACACACACAAUGAAGGGCAGAAAAGGAUACAAGAAGAGGUUGUGUAACCUGUCCUGGGCAAAAGGAGAAAUGGAUGGUGUUUUGCUUUCUCAUGCUUUUAUGGAAAUUUGUGGAGAGUUAAGAGAGGAGAAAUUACAAAGUAUUGUGGUACCAAACUUCUGAAUCAGCUCUCAUCCUGGCUAUUUCUGCAUCUGCUACCUACAAAUCAAGGAGCACACAAUUGUCAGGUCUGCAAUGACCGUACUUUCAGGUGUUUAAAACUUCCAAAGUGUUUGCUUUCAUGAAAUUGUCUACAGAAAUCUAUUUUCAGGCAUAACAGACUUGCUGGAAUGUGAUGGUUUGUUGAACACUUCUCUAUCAGCAUGGGAAACAUACUUCAAUGCUGUCUCAGACGUUUGUUCCGGUGUAAGGACAUUCCUGCCCAAAUAGAAGAGCAAUCACCUCUAUUGUCAAGAGAGAAUAGUGAUGUUGAAAGCCUCUCUCCAACAAGGUCUGACAUGCUGGCAUCUCCUGUCCUGGAUCAGGACCACCUCCUUUACCCUGAUAUAGUCCUUAGCAGUAGUCAUCGAGCUAACUUGGACAGAGCUGACUUAUCACAGCAGUUAGAGCUUGUUUUACCAGAAAGAGGACAAAACAAAAAACAAACUAGAGUAAAGGAGGAAUGCCAUGAAGGUUUGGAAGAAGAGGGAAUGCCAAGCACAAGAAUCAGUCAACAGGAAUUUCACUAUUUGGACAGAAAUCAGCUAUGCACCACUGAGAAAGAAUGGCCGUUACUGUCUUCCUUACACUCAUGGCCAUCAGAACAAUCAAAUGCUGCAAAUUUUGCUUCUCAGUCCCUUGUCUACACACACGGACAGGGAACCAGGUAUUGGCAGGCUUCCCCGUGUCAAGGAGUGCAGUUAUUAACACAGGGAAAUGGAAGCCACCAACUCAUUUUUUCAGAGUCCAAAUCUGCUGGCACCUUCAGCACACCUUCAUCUGACAGUGUUGCAAAAGUAUCUAAACAGACUGAGAUUGACAUCAUUCAAGUAGAUGAAGGUGGGAUUCAAGAUGAGGACAAAGAAGGAACUCAACUAGGAAAAGGAACAGAACAAAUGGAGCUAAACGUGGUAGGCAGAGACCAGAAUGUAGCACAACUGGGACAGGAAGUUACACAGAGAGCAAAAUAUGUUCUCUGCAAUGUAGCAGAGUGUGAGCAAAGUGGUGUAUGUUCAGAUGAAAAUGCAGCACAGCUAGAUGAAGUUGGAGUAAAAACUAACCUUGAUGUAACCCAAACAGAAGCACAAUAUAGAACAAGCAUAGCACAGAUGGAUGAAAUAAGGCAGGAAACUGUUAUUCUAAUUAGUCAAGAUGGAGAACACAAAGAACCAAACUUAGUGGUUAGACUACAGACAAACCCAGAUAUUGAAAGAAACCAAGAAGAGAUCACACAGACCCAACAACCUAUGCUGGAAUUGGACUCCAUUCAGACAGAAGGGGACAUUACAGAAAUGGACCAGAUAGCUAAGACUUCAGCACAUAAAGAACAGCACAUAUCUGGGAACGAAACCGAGUUUGCACCAAACAAGCACGGUGUAGAAGAGUUAAGAUCUCCUAAUAAGGAACGAGACAGGGAGAAAUCCGAAGAGCUGGAGCAGGGAAAAAUACAUCCAAAUCUGGAACCAGGACCAGAGCAGAAUGGACAGUUUACACUGUUCGUAGUUGAUAAACUGUUCCUGGCCACCCCAAAUAUCGCAGGACCAAGUCCAAAUAAUAUCCUCAGUGACCAAACAGAGCUUUCAGAGCUAAACAGGUAUAGUGACAAAGAACUCCAAGAGGAUCCUGAUUCGGUAGAUGCUGACCCCUCUGAGGACAUGGGGUUCACAAUCAGGAUCCAGGCCCCUGGUACUGAGCCCACUGACUUCCAGGCAUCACCAUUAGCGAUGGUGCAAGAAAUCAAGCAAGUGUUAAUGGACCGUGAAGAGACCUGUCACCGUACCUGUUUCUCCCUGCAGUUAGAUGGAAAUACGCUGGAUAACUUCACUAAUCUAAAGUCUAUCACUAGCCUACAAGAGGGCUCACUUUUGAAGAUAGUGGAAGAGCCAUACACAGUUCGAGAGGUUCGUUUACACCUUCGUCAUAUCAGAGACCUGCUAAAGAGCUUGGACCCCACAGAUGCCUAUAAUGGCAUAGAGGGAAGCUCUCUGUCCUUCCUUAGGUUCUUCACUGAAGAACGUGUUGAAGAGAACAGCAAAUUCAAGAAACGAGGUGAAGAAUUGAAGCAAUUCAACUGUAGCCCUCCUGAGUACAUUCUUCCAGGGACUAAAGAAUGUUUACUGGGACCCCUGCAGCCUCAAAGUGAGAAUUUGAAGCCCAUUGAAUGCCUGAAGGUGCUAAUGACCAGCAACUGGAACCCUCCUCCAGGAAACAGAAAAAUACAUGGUGAUCUCAUGUACCUGAAUGUACUUACCAUGGAGGACAGACAGUUUAGCAUUACAGCAUCAACUCGAGGCUUUUACCUGAAUCAGUCUACCACUUAUAUCUUUAACCCAAAGCCAGAAAAUCCCAGUAUGCUUAGUCAUUCUUUAGUGGAGCUCCUGAGUCAGAUCAGUCCAGUUUUUAAAAAGAACUUCAGUCUUUUACUCAAGAGAAGAACAUCAACACAUCCCUUUGAGAGGAUAGGUACUCCAUUGCAGGUGUUUAGCUGGACUGCUCCAGCUCUCGACCAUGCCAUGGACUGUGUUCGAGCUGAAGAUGCCAGCUCUACCCAACUGGGCUAUGAAGGACAUGUGCCUGGACAGGUUUGUGACUGGAAUGAGGAGCUUCAGAGCACUAGAGAGCUACCACGUCAGAGCCUCAAAGAUCGUCUGCUGAGAGACAGAGCAAUCUUUAAGGCUAACAGUGACUUUGUGAGCACUGCUACACGUGGUGCUAUGGCAGUGGUUGAUGGCAACGUGAUGCCCAUCAACCCUAGUGAAGAACCACGCAAUCACAUGUACGUCUGGAACAAUAUCUUCUUCAGCUUAGGCUUAGAUGGACAUGAACACUAUGAGGAGCUGGGUGGCGAGGCUGCAGCCCAUGCCGCCUCAGCCAUUGAUCUGAAUGGUGUGAGAGCAUACAGCACAGUGGAUGCAGAUGGCCUGUAUGUGCUUGGUACCGUACUGGUGGAUUAUCGAGGUUACCGCAUCACUGCCCAGUCGAUUGUCCCAGGAAUUCUUGAGCGUGGCCAGGAGCAGAGUGUGAUCUAUGGUUCCACUGACUUUGGAAAGACUGUUGUCUCUAAUGAACAGUUCCUGAAGCUACUGGACAAACCCAGCAAGCUUCUGAGAGUGCAGCGGCACCUUGUACUUAACAAAGACGACUCCGCCGUAGAGUUGUGUUCCUCUGUGGAAUGCAAGGGCAUCAUGGGUAACGAUGGCCGCCACUACAUUCUGGACCUGCUGUUCACAUUUCCACCUGACCUCAACUUCCUGCCUGUGGAAGAUGAGGAGCUAAACACAGAGUGUCAGCAACUCGGUUUCCCACUUCAACACCCACAUCGUUUGGUCUGUCUGAGACAAGAGCUAAUCGAGGCAUUUGUGAAGUAUAGAUAUCACCUAUAUAAGAGCACGGCAUCUCAAAGCUUAGAUCAAGAAAGCAACAGCAUCAGAGAGGUUGGAUCUCCUCACAGCCCAGAGGCAGCUGCAUUGCAACCAACACCGGAUAUUUCCAACAAGGGUGUAGAUGUUGCCACCCCUGACAAGAGCAAUUCUUCCUCACAGACUAUGCAUUUGUCCUCUUUUGAUAUUCGCUUCAACCCUGACAUUUUCUCACCAGGUGUACGUUUUCCGAAGGAAUGUUUGCAGGAUAUCCAGGAACAGAAAGAACUUUUAAAGGAUGCUGCAGCCUUCCUUGUCUCAAAACAAAUUCCUGACUUAAUUAAGAGCUGUGUCGAUCAUACCACAAUGCCAAUGGAUGGUUUUACCUUAACUGAGGCUCUCCAUCAACAUGGCAUCAAUAUUCGGUACCUGGGGACAAUACUGGAGUUUAUUGAGAAAAGCCCUCAUAAGACAAAACUGGACCAUGUUUAUAGAAUUGCACUAUGUGAGCUGAUCACUAGAUGCACAAAACAUAUGUUCAGGACAUAUUUACUUGCUGUGGAGUCAUCUUCCCUCUCUGUCUCAGUCAGCCAUUUCCUCAACUGCUUCCUCAGCUCCCCACCUGAUGUUCUGGGGACCCAGCAGAUGGACAGACUGUCAUCCAAGCGCAGGAGUCGGCGGAGGCGGAGCCGGGGCUCUGUGAGCGGCGAAGUGACAGCUGUGGGAGGGGCAUUGGCCAGCCUGACCUCCAGUGAGCUCUGGAGAACUAUCCAGGCUGAGGCUCGGGAAUAUUAUCACUACUGCCUGCCUUGUGACAGUAUAGAGCAGGCAGUGGACAAAUGUGGUUUACAAAGAAUCACCCUGCUCAGAGAGAUCUCCAUCAAAACUGGCAUCCAGCUUCUUAUCAGAGAGUAUCAGUUUGAUGCCAAGAACAGACCGGUGUUCACCGAGGAGGACAUCCUGAACAUUUUCCCCAUAAUAAAGCACGUCAUCCCAAAGGCUAAUGAUGGGAUUUAUCUUCUGCAUUGUGGCCAGGCCAGCAUCCAGCAAGGAAGCCUGAAAGAAGGCUGUGAGCUAAUCAGCCAGGCCUUGGGCCUGUUCACUAAUGUUUAUGGGGCUCUGCAUCAGGAUGUCUGCGUCUGUCUGCGUCUGCUGGGACGCAUUUACUACAUACUCGGAGACUAUGCUGAGGCACUGAAUCACCAGCAGAAAGCUGUACUGAUCAGUGAGAGAGUUCUGGGAAUAGACCAUCCGAACACUAUACAGGAAUAUAAACACCUUGGUCUUUAUUGCUUUGCUGGUGGGCAGACAUCCACAGCACUGCGACUGCUCUAUCGUGCCCGCUACCUCAUGCUGCUGGUGUGUGGAGAAGAUCACCCAGAAAUGGCUCUACUGGACAGUAAGAUUGGUCUCGUGUUACAUGGUGUGAUGCAGUGUGAUCUCGCACUGAAGUUUCUGGAGAACGCCCUGGCCUUGACCUCCAAAUAUCAGGGGCCUACCUCGCUUAAAGUGGCACAAGGCCAUCACUUGUUGGCAAAGGUGUAUGAGAGCAAAGGGGAGUUCCGCUCGGCGCUGAGACACGAGAAGGAGCGCUACAUGAUUUACCGGAGCCAGGUUGGAGAAGCACAUGAAAAGACACAAGAGAGCUCUGAAUACCUGAAACACCUCACGAAUCAGGCUGUAAUUCUGCAGAGGACUAUGAACAUGAUAUACAAAAACCGUUCUGGCUCCAGUAUUGCUCCUCUCACUCUCGCCACUCCAAGUCGGCUCUGGAUUGUGGAGCAGCUAAAUCUGGUUACUGGCAUUGUCCUGAUCCCACUCAGCAACAAGGAUCUUGAAACUCUUAGGGAUAACACCCAAAAAACAUCUGCUUAAAUGCAAACAGGACAUUUUAUAUUAGUCAGGAAUCACAGGAGCAUGAUUAUCAGCUCCACCUACUGUCAUGGAGGACCAAUAUUUAGUAUUGCACAUGAACUACAGUAUAUGCAUUAAUAUAAAUCAGCAUGAUGUCAAUAAGAAAAUUGGGCAUUGGGACAGAGGAGAAUUAUAAUCCACUGACACACCAACAUGUGAUAACCUGAGAUCCUGGUUCUUGACUCACAGCAAAAUGUGCCUGCAAAAUAAAUCUGGAUUUUUUUUUUUAGUAUUCUAAUAUAAUUAAUAAUGAAUGUCAUCCUUUACAUCUUCUCAAUGAUAUAACUGCUUAUAGUGAUAUAUGCAUUAUUUUGUAUCUUAAAUCAUAAGAAUGAGCUAUGUAUUUGGAAUAAGGCUACUCGGUUUGAUGCUGUUGCAUGUACCUGUUUGUUUAUGGGGACUAGAAGAUGCUACUUCCUGCAUUGUGCCAAAUGCCAUGUGAAAAGUGCUAAUAUAAAUAAAGUUGGAUGUAUUUGAAUCAA